UGCUUUUCGGCAUUUCGCUCAUUCUGUUCGCGUAGCUCAACGUGUCCAGAUACGAAAACAAAUUAGCGCGGUUUCGAAAACCAAGAAUCUAAGCUUUCAAUAGCCGAAAGAGUGACGUAAAAUCAUUGCUUUCGACAAGAAUAAAACAUAAUUUUAAGGCAAAUUGAGUGAAAGUUUAGAACUUAAAAUCUAAUUUGAAGUAAUUGUUAAAGGGCAGGCGAAAACCAAAAUCCCUAUAUAUAGUUUUAUAUUAUAAUCUAACUUUACGAAAUAGCCAAAGAUUACCAUACGUUAUACUUAGAUAGUAAAGCGGCAAGUAAAGCACAACAAAUAAAAACAAGUGAGAACAAUAAGUAAAGAAAGCAAAUAUAAACAAAUCAUUAAGUUAUAUAUACUACUCCAAAAAACUCGCAUCCUGCAAUUGUAAUUGUGCAAUGAUAUACGCUGUUUUGCGCUGUUUCGCAUUUCUAUUCUUCUUAUUUCACUUAUGGCGCCUACCAAUUGGCGCCUAUGCUCAGGAAAUACCUUCGAUUGCCUGCCCCAAUUACUUUGAGUACCUCAAGUAUGGUAAUGGCAAUAUCGGACGCAUUACAUUGCCCAAUGUAUCGGGUGGCACCACACGACUGGAUGUGCGUUUCUCUCAGCGAUAUCCUGUACAAUCGAACUACUACGGUCGUUUAUCGCUCUUUCACGAUCAGCAGUCAACGUUAAACAACUUGGCGCGUGGCCUUCCUAUUACCUAUCGUGUGGAUUUCCCAUUUCUUAAUGUUGUGCCGAAAUUGACGCGUAUUGCCAUCAAUGGCGUCACCGUUUGCGCGGCAUCUGAGUAUCCCCCUCCAAGUACUGCUUUGGAUCUCCAGCAUACGCUGCAAACUUCAACUGUGAGCGGUACAAAUCCGCUCAAUAGUAAUUUCGGUCCCGUUUUUCCCACCGCAACCAAUACUAUACCCAUUCGGGUUGCACAGCAACCUCAAUUUGUUAAUCAGCAGCCUCAAGUUACAAGACCGAGAACUGUGCCUAACAAUCCCGUUAGACAGCAGCCAUCUACGUCGAGAUCAUCAAUCGCUGGGGAUUUCUCGCGAUGUGGUGUGGAGGGUAAAACGGUGACGCCAUUUAUUCAUGGUGGCGUACAGAUUUCGCGCGGCCAAUUCCCCUGGUUGACCGCCGUCUAUCGGAAGCAAUCAUCCGGUUUGAGAUUCUUAUGUGGCGGUUCACUGGUCUCGGCCAACACAGUUAUCACGGCGGGACAUUGUUUCAAACUGAGUUCGAUUGCCGCUUCUCAGGUGGUGGUCUAUUUGGGUCGUCACAAUUUGGAAAAUUACAGUGAAGUCGGUGCUGUUGCCCGAGAUGUACGCAACUUGAUUAUACAUCCCGACUAUAAUGGUCAACAGUUGCCAGAUGCGGAUAUCGCAAUAUUGCACAUGCAAUCACCUGUCGGUUUCAGUCAGUUCAUUCGUCCCAUUUGCCUGUGGAGUGAAUCCCCGGACAGUUCAUAUGUUGUUGGCCAAACGGCAUUUGUUGCUGGCUGGGGUGCGGAUGGGAGAGGUAAUGAAGUAACAGCGACUCCUAAAAUGGUCGAUACGGCGAUAGUCAGCGACAACGUAUGUCUACGCUCUUCGGAAGUUUUCAGUAAAUUGACAACACCCCGCACCAUUUGUGCGGGCAAACGGGAUGGCAGUGGCCCUUGUAUGGGCGAUUCUGGUGGCGGCUUGAUGUUAAACCGCAACGGUGCUUGGACGUUGCGUGGUAUUGUAUCGGUCGGCAUAACUAAUAGGGGACAGUGCGAUCUGACCCAAUAUGUAAUAUACUGCGACCUGGCGAAACACUAUUCAUGGGUUAGAAGCAAUAUUGUUUGACCGCAGUGUUAUGCCAGUCACACUAAUGCUCAACUACAUCGUAGACUGUUGAAAUUUAUAAGAAACCAUAAAUAAUUUAUUAAAAUGAAUCGGUCGAUUUGAGAGAUUAUGGCCCAUGCAUGACGAUGUCGUUCACAACGUGGGUAUUUUAGUAAAACUUUAUUGGCAGCCGCCUGCGUUCGCAUAGACAUCGUCAAAGCAAAUAGAACUUCUGCAGGGAUAAUUAUUAUACUAAUACAUAUUUACUUUAACGACACUUAAUUCUUCUUUCAAGAUUACUGUAAUAUUCAGGCAUACAAUACAACACAACAUGUAGCACAUGCAUCACGUGUGUAGAAAAAGUUGAAAUAAACAAAUUUCGUACAAGUAUAAACGCUAUUAAGUUCUUAAACUACCAUAUAUAAUAUAAGUGAUAUUUGAAUACUGUCAAAUCGGAAUAGCUAACUCUAUGCCAAAUCAAACAUUUUUAAUGCAACAUGCUUAGCCGACAACUAAGAGAUUAGGAAUAUGAAAUAUAUUUAUCAAAUUUAAUAAAACAAUUUUUAUUAGAAUAAGUAACAAAGACCUUUGUUGAGAUCUAUUUAAGCAUUUUAUACUUGUGAAUUGAAACUGUGAGUCGAGUACAAUAUAACGGAAGGACAUAAACUAU